AUGUGGCGCAUAGGGCAGGCCGGCGCGGUGCAGCGAGACGCGCACUCGCUGACUCACGUCUGUCUGCCAUUGUUUGGUGAUGCCAGCGCCGCGCCACCGUGUGUACAGGUGGUAUUCACAUUAACUGGAUUAGAAUGUUAUAAAUUGUCUACAACCGAUUAUAACCGGCAUUGCUCGGAGCUUUUUAAUUUUACAUUUUGUCCCAAC